AUGGCGCCGAAAGAUAUGAAGGCCAAGAAAUCAACCUGGGAGUUUAAUUUGGAUCUUACUCACCCAGUAGAAGAUGAAAUUCUUGACUCUGGGAAUUUUGAACAGUUUGUACGGGAGAAGGUUAAAGUCAAUGGAAAAUCUGGAAAUCUCGGGAAUGUUGUUCACAUUGAACGCGUCAUGAAUAAGAUUACAGUUGUUUCUGAGAAACAGUUCUCCAAAAGGUAUUUGAAAUACCUUACUAAGAAAUACCUAAAGAACAAUCUCCGGGACUGGCUGCAUGUGCUUGCAUCUGACAAGGAUAUGUACCAGCUCCGUUACUUCCAGAUUAGUCAAGAUGAAGACGGACCUGAGUCUGAAGCCUCCUUAGAAGACUGCGUAAUGGAGAGAUUCACCCUGUGA